AUGUCUCCCGAUCAAAUUGCUUUAGUUUUGGGUGGUCUUUUGUCCCUUGGUGGUGCUAAGGGCUACUUCAGCAAAGGAAGCAAAGCUUCUCUCAUCGCAGGUGUUGGUCUUGGUGCUGUUUAUUUGUACUCUUCCCGACUCAUGAACCAAGAUUCUGCUAACGGUGUUCCUCUUGCCUUGGCAGGAUCUGCAUUUUUGUUUGCAUCUGGUGUUCCUCGUCUGGCAAAGACCAAAAAGCCUGUUCCUUUAAUGCUCACUGUUAUUGGUGCUGCCUCUACGGCCUACUACUACAAGCAAUGGGUAUAA